CGCCCUUGACUGACGCGCCUGGCUUCCUCCGCGCGCGACCAAGGCGGGCCUCGCUUCCGCCAACGCCUUCCUUCUCUGUCGAGACGAGCGCCGCCAUCAUGUCCCGCUACACGCGGCCCCCCAACACCUCGCUCUUCGUCAGGAACGUGGCCGACGCCACCAGGCCUGAGGAUUUGCGCCAUGAAUUUGGUCGGUAUGGCCCCGUAGUAGACGUGUACGUUCCGCUUGACUUCUACACAAGACGCCCAAGAGGAUUUGCUUAUAUACAGUUUGAAGAUGUUCGUGAUGCAGAAGACGCUCUUUAUAACCUGAAUAGAAAGUGGGUAUGUGGCCGGCAAAUUGAAAUACAAUUUGCACAAGGUGAUCGUAAAACACCAGGUCAGAUGAAAUCCAAAGAGCAUCACCAUGGUUCACCAAUGGACUACCGAAGGUCAAGAAGCCGCAGCCGAAGAAGGACCCGAAGCAGAAGUUCCUCAUGGGACUGGGGCAGGAGACACUCGGACAGUUUUAGAGAGCAUUCUGGCUCACCAAGAAGAUCAAUCACACCCCAAAGAAAUUCGAGUCCCAGGAGAAGGUCGCGAUCAAAGUCCAACCACAGGAGUUCAAAGUAUGCUGAAAAAUCACCAUCCAGGUCCCAUCGAAGGCGUUCCGGUUCAAGAACAAAGUCACGAUCGCAUCCAAAGCAUUCAGGAUCUCCAACUAGAUCUCUGUCAAAAUCUCCUCGGAAACAUACUAAUUCCAGUUCUCGUUCAUACUCUCGGAAUUUUUAUCAGAGAAAUAGUAAUCAGUCAGCAUCUGAAGAAGAUUAAUGUCUCUGUUUCUUUUAUGACAGUGUUUGUGAGCACAAAUUAAAGAAAACAGAAAUUUUCAGUUUUUUUAAAUGAAAGGUAAUUAAUGUUGGCCUUGCUUCAAUGUGUAAAACUCUUUAAAAUUUGUAAUACUUUUACAGAAGCAUUGAUUUAGUAUAAUCAUCCUCUCCUUACUCUAAGAGCCUACUAGUACUUUAGUCCUAAGCCGCAUCAUCAUACUUUGGCAGCAUUCUGUGCAGUGAUAGUUUUUUUCUGCUGCACUGGAAUGGUUUAUUUUAAAAUCAUACUGUCACCACUGUCUUGAAGCUGCCAAAACAUAAUGACAUUAUAACUGUGCACUGGCUAGAAGCCAUAUAUAGAUCUUUUUCUAUUGGUGGGAAGAGUAAUACAGCCUGUUUAUUUCUCACACAGGUUUUUAAUUGUUGUAGUGUAAUUAUAGUACAAACAAAGCUUUUUUAGAAUCUGCUAGAGCUAGAACUGGGCCUUUCACUAUGAGUUUUAAUACUGGCGGUAAUUGAAAAAGGUUGCUGUGUUCCCUUAUUAUUUUUCUGGGUGUCCUUUCCUUUCUGUAAUAAGUAGGAUGUGGGUUGCGUGUAUAGAUUCCUAAAUUUGGGCACAGGACCAGAGUUAGGAUGGGGUGUAUUUCAACUCAGUCUAAGCCUGGAGCAGAAUGAAAUGCAAAUGAAAUGGGCACAAUACCUUCUAAUGCUUAAUGUGGAUUUAAUGCUUUCAAAUAUUCCUUUUGUAACUAAAGAGAAACCUGCUUCCCUCAAAACAGAAAACAGUCUCAGUAGGCAAAUAAGCUAGAAUCAUGUUUCUUCCUGUGCUCAGAUACUGUUUCUAGUGAGUCUUUAAGACAAAGCUGAAGUCUGAAUCAACAUUAAUGCCUGUAAGCAAAUCUAAUAUGCAUUGGACUUUUUUUGAAAGAGUUAAUUGGUUAUAAAAAGUCAUUUUGUCUUAAUGUGACACAAGUUUUUAAACCCAUGUUUUUCAUAUAUGUUGGAAUGUUUUUGUGAAAACUCUUUAAAUGCUUAAUGUUGUACGUAAAACUUACAUUUUAUUACAUUUUCUCUUUUCAAGAAUAUUGUGAAAGCAGUGUAAAAUACAUUUUCUUCAUGCAUUUUUAAAAUUCUGUAUCCCUUGAACUAGUUUAACGAGCCUGAAAGCAUUAUUCGGUUAUUUUAACUUGUGUAACAGAGGAAAUUCUGAAAAUGUUUUUUUAGUAUAUUACAUUUGCAUUGUGUACAUUUGUGUUUAAAUGUAUGGUAGCUGCGAUGUUUGCUACCUUGUAGAAGUCCUGCAUAAUCUUUCUGUGAAAUAUGUAUUAGUAGUGCAUACUCAACAAUGUAGUAUUUUUAUUAAGCAAGAGAAUAUUUCAUAAACUGCAACAGAAUAUGU